AUGUCUGCACCCGAUACAAGUACAGCACUGGGCGCAGUUGAGAAGCCCACUCAGCCCGAGCCUUUGAGAGCGGUAGUGGAAGCAUACGUUCCCAAUCACCUCGAUACGACAACACACCCAUCACAUGAUUCUAUCCAGCAAGAAGCACGGGAACCCGGCGGUAGAUCGAUACCAGUCAUUUCUGUGGAGAGGCCAACGCCUUUUGUGAGCUCUGGAACUCUUUGCGAUGUGACGGAUGACGACCCGGAAGAUGAUGAACCUUCCCUUGAAGAUUUCUAUCGGGAUGUUGGCGAAGAAUCACUGCGCUUGACGCAAGCGAUGGAAGAGUACGAGAAAGUUAUCAGUGUAGAUGGCAAGAGGAAAAAGAGAGAUUCAGUGCUCAGCAAGAACUUACAUACUUGGGAAGAGGUACUGAAAGAAGUUGAGGGCGCAUCCGAUCGAUAUAAUGAGCCAGAUGGCAUCUGGGGAAAGAUCAGAAAGGCUUUCAGGAAGUCUGCAGACAAGGCUGACAUAGCGUCAGCGUGGCUGGCUUUGCUACCAAAUCAGUCAGAGUACUUCUCUAUCUUAUGCGGUGGUCUCAAACUCAUCAUAGGUGCCGCUUCGCGAUUGAACCGCGUGCGAGAUGACAUCGCAAAAGCCCUGAUUGAAAUACCGCAUAUACUAUCCUGCACACAUCGAGCACAGAACAUCUUCAACAAGUCGAAAGAGCUGCGCCAAGCCAGCGCUUAUUUGUUCGUUGCCAUUAUAUCAGUUCUGCAGCACAUACUCGUAUACUUCAAAGAAAAGUCUUUAAUCCAGCAAAGUGACUACGAACAACGUUUAACUGAGGCAAUCGACACGCUCGGAACUCGAUCUUCCCAAUUCGACCGUGUUGCUCGUACCUGCGGCCUCGAAGAAAUCCACUACAUACGAUCAGAAAUGCAUGAAGUCCGCGUCGACAUGGAUCGCAUAAAGACCGAGGUUCAUCAACACAUAAACCUCGCGCGCGAAGAAUCGUACGCACAGAGCCAAAAAAUGGAGUAUAGACUUCAGAGUUAUAUGGCCCAAGCGAUCCAGUCAUUAGGCCACUCUUUAGCCAGCGGCAACGUCACAGCUCAAGAUCUCCAGUUGCCACUAUCGCCGAUCAAGAAAUCUCGGUCGGCGCGUGAGUUGAGAAAACAUCGUAACAACUUGCAGCAAGCGCUGCUAGAUAAGUUGGAUUACGACGCCGCUAUGACAGAGUCGGACCUACAAAACAGCACACCCAACGUGUGGCGGUUACCCAAACCAGCCCAAGAUCGCAUCCUCGCCAUUGUCCGACACCACAAGUUCAAGUCUUGGUUGACUGACACGGGAUCAUCAGUGUUUUUUCUGAAUGGUCACUACAUCGCCCAUGGAUCUAUGCGCCAGUGUCCUACAUCAUUUGUAUGCGCCAAGCUAGCAGCUAUGCCGUGGAAAAUAGAAGCUGAAAAAGAGCCAUCAUCACGACACCCUCCUCUCCGCACCAUCACCAUUUCAUUCUUCUGUGCCCAGCAUCUCCACCGCGACGACGAAUAUAAAGGCCCUCGAGGCAUCAUGAAAAGCUUGAUCGCCCAGCUACUAGUCAGCUACGACUUUGACACCCAAGUCAUAGGCGCACUAGACGAAGAAGACUUUGAGUAUACGGAAUCGCUCUGCGACGCAUUCAAGCUACUCGUCGACAGCUUAUCCGCGGAAAUAGUGCUCAUGUGCACUAUCGACGCCAUCACCGAAUACGAAGAGAGUGAGCGCUACAAGAGAAGAGUAGGAGAUGUGGUUAAGGCACUGGCGAAACUUGCAUAUGAAGAUGAGGAACGAAAAUGUACUUUCAAACUCUUCCUUACCUGUCCACGAGUUUCGAGAAAGUAUGGUGGGAAGGUUGGCAACGGUACUGUGGUUACGAUGCCGGAAAGGGUUGAGUCUCAGGGAAACUUUACAACGCAGAAAUGGGAUUACUAUCUUGGUACAGGGACGCCGUGAAUACAAGCAUAUUAGUGUGGCAAUGUGAGAAACUAUGGAUACAAAUUGUAUGGAGGCGGGUUAUAGGAUAAAUUUCGUAGAUGCUUUGAUAGUAAUAUUUGAUUCAUGAAUAAUGGUAUCGUCCAAACCA